UCUCUUCCGGUCCCAGGCGCUGCAGGAGCCGCCGGUUACCGUGCAGACAUGGCCAAGUCCAAGAACCACACCACAAACAACCAGUCCCGCAAACGGCACAGAAAUGGCAUCAAGAAACCCCGAUCACAAAGAUACGAGUCUCUUAAGGGGGUUGAUCCCAAGUUCCUGAGGAACAUGCGCUUUGCCAAGAAGCACAACAAGGAAGGCCUGAAGAAGACGCAGGCAAACAACGCAAAGGCAAUGAGUGCCCAUGCAGAGGCUAUUAAGGCUCUUGUGAAUCCUAAGGCCGGUAAGCCCAAGAUGCCAAAGGGCCCCAGCCGCAAACUCAGCUGGCUCGCUUUCAUCGCUCAUCCCAAGCUUGGGAAGAAGAUUCGAAGCUACAUGAGCAAGGGUGGUAGGCUCUACCAACCACAGCACAAUGUUCAAACCAAGGCAAAAGCCGUAGCUAAGGCCCAGGCUGCAGCCCCAGCUCAGGCUCCCGAAGCUGCCCAGGCCCCUGUGAAGGUCCCGUAG